UUGUAUUCACAGUGAUACUGGUCAUAGUCACCACGGUCAUUGUGAUGUCCGGUAUUUACUUUUUUGAUUUUGUAUGGGAAACAAAAUAUGGACUCCUGGUGAUAGCGAUUUUCAGCCCCUUGGCCAUUAUAGUUGUCUUCGUCCUUCUAUUCGUCGAUGCAACACAGGAUAAACCAUUCGUUGGAUUCAUUUUCCUAUGCUUUUAUGCGAUCUUUUUGGCCGUUAUUUUAUAUGUACUCGCAACGCAUGAGGUAAGAAUAGUUUCCGUGAUUGUUUGGUGUGUUGUCCUUCUCGUGUGUGCGCUGGGAUUGUUUCUGGGAUACAAAGUCAAGACUGAUCUGACAAAAACUGCAGAAGGUUAUAUUGGAUACUUCCUGCCGGUGUUUCUCUCAGGAAUAAUU